UGGUGUGUGUAGUGAUGGUGUGUGUAGUGAUGGUGUGUGUAGUGAUGGUGUGUGUAGUGAUGGUGUGUGUAGUGAAGGUGUGUGUAAGGACGGUGUGUGUAGUGAUGGUGUGUGUAGUGAUGGUGUGUGUAGUGAAGGUGUGUGUAAGGACGGUGUGUGUAGUGAUGGUGUGUGUAAGGACGGUGUGUGUAGUGAAGGUGUGUGUGAGGACGGUGUGUGUAGUGAUGGUGUGUGUAGUGAUGGUGUGUGUAGUGAAGGUGUGUGUAAGGACGGUGUGUGUAGUGAAGGUGUGUGUAGUGAUGGUGUGUGUAGUGAUGGUGUGUGUAGUGAUGGUGUGUGUAGUGAUGGUGUGUGUAGUGAAGGUGUGUGUAAGGACGGUGUGUGUAGUGAUGGUGUGUGUAGUGAUGGUGUGUGUAGUGAAGGUGUGUGUAAGGACGGUGUGUGUAGUGAAGGUGUGUGUGAGGACGGUGUGUGUAGUGAAGGUGUGUGUAAGGACAGUGUGUGUAGUGAUGGUGUGUGUAGUGACGGUGUGUGUAGUGAAGGUGUGUGUAAGGACGGUGUGUGUAGUGAAGGUGUGUGUAAGGACGGUGUGUGUAGUGAAGGUGUGUGUAAGGACGGUGUGUGUGCUCGUGGUGUCGUCACACUCGCCGCUGUCACUGAUUUCACUGAGACCUGUGACUCUCUCACUGAUCCUCACAUCCUCACCUUGGAUGGCAGGUAUACAAACCUCCAACGUAGUACAGACAUUUCACACACACACACACACACACACACACACACACACACACACACACACACACACUGUGUUGCUGUGCUACAUGCUAAUAGGAUUCAGUUGUGCUAGUUUCUCUCCUGUCCCUCCCUCCUGCAGGUGUUUUGAGAAUCAGCACAGGUUGGCGUUUGUCCUCUAUAAGAGCACGAGUCGAGUAUUCGAGGUUCAGGUGCGUCAGUGGGAUUGUGAGAGUCUUCACUAUGCGCCGUCCUGCACCAGCAGCAUGGCAGCGUGAGAGGACGACGACCUCAUUACCUUUGACAUGUACAACGGACAACUGCAAGAAACACGCCCCAGCUGUCAAUCAAGCCCUUAGGACCGGAGACGACCAGUCAGAUGGUGUUUGCGUCGGGGUGUUUGUGCGAGCAGACGUGAGCGACUGGGGAAUGAGCGUGACUCUCCGAGCGCCGAGCUGAGACAUCAGCCACAUCUGGAACCUUCCACAAAAACAUUUACAACGACUUCCGGGGUCCUGAUGGCACCAUGUAUCACCACCACAGCAACCUGGAUCUCUUCAUACACAC